CGUGGUGACUUGCAGUCCCCGUCCCUGCCCUUCGCCCUCUUCCACUGUCGUGGCCGACUACAGAUUCCGGCGGCCGCCGAACCCUCUCGUCGCCGGCGCUCUAGAAGAAGCGCCCGAGAUUCCUCUCCAGCGAAGCCGCGCCACCGCUGCUAUCCUAGCGUGGACAGGAGAGAUCCACCCAGGCCGACUCCUUCCUUCCCUCCCUCUGUGGCUAGUGUCCAGAUGAGUUCGAAGAAGGUUCCGUUCAAUCGGCACAAGGAGAAAGAGGAGGCGAGGAGGAAGAGGGAGGAAGAUGAAGCGGCACGCGUGUAUUUGGAGUUUGCCCAGUCGUUUGAGGGUGAAAGCACAUCGGGCUCGAAGUUUGUCCGAGGGGGUGUGAUUGAUCCCAAUGCCAAGCUGAGAGCUGAUUCUGAAGGUGGAAAGUCCAAAGAUAGGGAGUCUGUUACAAAGAAGGGCAGUAGGUAUGUUCCAUCUUUUUUGCCACCAACAUUUGGGAGAGAGCCAGAGAAAAAGAAGGAAGAUGAGCGGCCUAAGGAAAAGGAAAAAGGGAAGCCACGGGCAAUAGAUACUGUCAUGGAGGAACUCAGGUUGGAGAAAGAGCUUCGAGAAAAGCGUAAUCAAGAACGUGGCAGCCGUCACGGUGAAGCCUCCGUGCACCCUAGCCGGUUUGAUGAAUUACCAGAUGAAUUUGAUCCCACUGGGAGGUUACCAGGUUCAUUUGAUGACGGGGAUCCGCAAACCACAAACUUAUAUGUUGGCAAUCUCUCCCCUAAGGUGGAUGAGAAUUUUCUUUUGAGGACAUUUGGUCGGUUUGGACCUAUUGCUAGCGUCAAGAUCAUGUGGCCUCGAACAGAAGAAGAACGCAAAAGGCAAAGACAUUGUGGAUUUGUUGCAUUCAUGAAUAGAGCAGAAGGACAGGCAGCCAAGGAUGAAAUGCAAGGUUAUUGUGCAUUUCUAUUCCAUGUAGUGGCAAUCAUGUUAUAG